GCGGCAGUCAUCAAAUCAUCGGAGCUCCUUUGCAAUGGAAACCAGCCAAUAUACAGUUGUCAGUUGAGCCGCGUCGACAAAAGGAUCAGUCAACCGGUCAUUGGCGCCGUCGCUCCUACUGCUGCCAUGGCUAUCAUAGACCUUCUUGGAGUCCAAUUCAACAUGCAGCUGCUGCUGAAAAUCAGUCUUUCUGUGGCGACAGUGCUCCUUGUGUCGUUGGCCUACAGGUUCUACAGCUCGAGGAGCAUGGAGGAAAGUUCCGUCAGAGAACAGCAGACUUGCCAGAGAUGCAAGACAACCCUGCGGUCGAGUGGCACUGAUGAUAAUCGACUCGGACCUAACCUCACCGAUGAACCAUUAUCCAACGGCAAAGAAAGAACGAGAGGAAUUAAUCCCACCCAGGAGGUGUGUAGCUUGUCGCACAGUGAUCAACAUUUUAGCGAAGAAGCAAAGAUAUCUUCAUCGAGUGACACUGCUAUGGACCUUCCCGAACCAGCAAAAUGUGGAUUCGUGACUACAAAAGAAAGACGAUCUCCUCGCUUUUUAAAAAAGUUGGAAGGAGGUUUGGGUGUGGGAAGAGAACUAAGGCAGGACUUGGAGCGACAUGGUGUCUACUCCAGCUUUCUCUCCAAGGCAGAGGUGAAGGUGGAGGAUGCUAAGCUGGUGCCGAACACUUCGGGAGAACAGGUAGUGCGUGGAAAGAUUUAUGACUACUAUGUGGAAUCCUCGUCUCACUUUAGCACAGACCCAAACGUUAUUUUGGGGCAGAACGAAAGAAAGUCACAACAAACAGAGAUUGGAAACAAUAGCAGCUUCUUAACAGAGUCUCCUCCUUUUGUGGACCCUAACAUUACUGAGGAAGCAUUUGUUCUUGAGAACACAAAGCAGAAGGAUUCCAUGAAAUCCGGACCCCUACGAAAACAGAGCUAUCUCGCUGCUGCAGAGCAGUUGGAGCUGCCGAGUCUAGGUCCACCCACUUAUUGCUCAACCAACACUGGUGCCUCCAGACCUUCUCAUCCAGAUGCUCUAGCAGGGAGUCCCUUGGUACGCCAUUCAGAUGUGGAAAGUCUCAAAAAUCAACUGAAUCUUGGCAACUGCUUGGAGGCCUUUUUUCUGGCCAAAAAACAUGGUCAGAGGUCAGUAGCGCAAGCAGCCAUUGAAGUGAUGUCCGACAACUACCUGCUGGUACUCCUGGAUCCUGACCUUCACCCGCGACUUACUGAAGCUGAGCGGGAACUAAUCAGGAAGCUGAGAACAAGAGGGAGAAAAUUCAUCAUGUUGGCAGAUAUGGACCCACUCGACUGCUCAGGGAACAGCGGGGUGCCGAGAAGGAACCCGAGUGCUGUGCAUUACUAUGACGACUGCGGAGACACCUGGCACAAACUUUGCUCCAUUCCAGAGGAAGUCAUAAGCAAAGCCUGCGCCGUGUGCACAAUGGAUAACUACCUUUUUGUUGCCGUGGGCUGCCAAGGCACCGAAAGUCAACUGACACCUUCCAAGCAAGUGUUUUGCUACAACCCUCUCACAGAAAUUUGGAAGGAGAUCAGUCCCAUGAAUGAAGCCAGGCCCCGUUGCAAACUCGCCGCCCUGGAUGGCUACAUCUACGCCAUUGGUGGGGAGUGCCUCUCCUCUGUGGAGCGCUACGACCCACGAUCAAACACAUGGUCUUUUGUGGCCUCUCUGCCCAACGAUACAUUCGCCGUGGCCCAUCACGUGACGGUUUGCAACGGGGAGCUGUUUGUGUCCGGAGGUAGCCUUCGCUACAUGCUGUUGCGCUACAGCCCCAAGAGCGACACCUGGAGGGGGACUCUGCUGGCGAGCGCCAAAGACAGGACGGUAGACUUAGUGGCCGUGGGACCCUUUCUGUAUCGCUUCGAAGUCAACCCUCUGCUGGGGGUCAGCGUGUACCGCUACCACACCGUAGCCCGACUGUGGUAUGAGUGCGCCACCAAGCGGUUAACUCGGUGUCCCGCUUUCCGGUGCGUGGCAAUGGACGACAGCGUCUACUGCGUCAGCCGUCACUUCACCUUGAGAUUUGAGGCCGACGAGAUCUCGCCGGCUUUCGCCGAUGAUGAUUUGAGCGUGGCCCCUGCGGCCAAGGGCCUGCUUUUCCCCUUUGUCCUGUCGCUCCCCGACAAGAGGCCUCUGCAGACCAGCGUGUAGCACAAAAUCACUCAAGAAUGAUGACAACGUUGUGCCUGCCAGCUUACUCGAGCUCUCCUUCAGCUUACUUUUUGACCGUAGCCAUUACAAGCGUUGAGAUUUACCCUAUUCGUCAUUUACGUCGCUUUCCCACUGAAGCUGGGAAAAAGUUUUUUUUUUCAUGCUAAAUCCAAAAUGUAUAUACUACAAGUAUGUGUGCUGUCCUAAAUUAUAUUUUACAUAAAGACAUUAUUAUCUUAA